GAUUGUAGAUAUUGAUGACCACGUUUAUACUUGUGACCUGGAACACCUGCCUUUGAAAGGGCGGGACAAUGGAUGACUCGGACAGCCGCGCGUCCAUGCCGUCCUCCACUACAAAAUUAACUAUCGAUUUGCCAUCGUGCUCCAUCUGCUUUAGCGAGUACGCGUCAGGCGUGCGGAAGCCGUGGGACCUCGGAUGUGGGCAUUGCAUUUGCGGUCGCUGCUAUGCGAGUCUGUCUAUCUCUGGGCCCAAGACCUGCCCCAUCGAUCGAGCGGAAUGGAACAACCCGCAUCCCGCCUAUGAGCUAUUGCAUGUUGUGGAGGAGUUGCGGAAGAGACGCGGACAGGAUGCUGGUCAUAGCAGCGCCGAGGACACACCUUUGCCGUUCACUCUGUCUUCGGAAACCGAGCAUAGGGGUCGUCGCUCCCGCUGGCGCAUCCCCGAUCCCUUCCGACCCUUCGCCCAGACCUUGCUCUUCCUCUCCGACCUCUGGCGCGCCGCCUUCUGGCCCCCCUCCUUCAGCGCAAGCGGCGGCGCCCAAGCAGGCCAGGGCUUGCUUGCCGGGGCUGCAGCCCUGGGCGACAUCCUGGAGGAACCGCACAUGGACGCCCGCGAGUUCUUCGGCCACCUGGUAGCCGCGAUGCCACCGUGGGUUACCCAGGCGGCGAGCGUUCUGGGUCCCGGAGCUUGCUUGCUGCUCGCCUUGCUCAGCUGGAGGUACCUGUUGGCGGCCUCCAUCCAGCUGCUGCCCGCCUGCCUGUCCAUCUACUGCAUCGUGGCGAUGCAGGGCUGCACCUGGCCGGCGUUCUUCGCCUGCCUCGCCGCCGGUGUGCUGGGCCCCGCCGGUGCCUUCUCCGCCCUGCUGCACGCCGGCUUGCUGCAACACACGGUCGCGAUAUGCCUGUUGGUGCUCCUCGUCUCCGCCGCAUCGCAUGCACGCUCCUGCAACUGCGAGUUCGCGGCACUGGGGCGGCACCGCAUAUUCCAUGUGGUCAUGCUGGGACUGGCCAUGGGAUUCGGAUGGGCGGGGCUGCAGCUGCGGCGCCGGGAGCAGGUUUGGAUGCUGCUGCAAGCCCUCAUGCUGCGACACCUGCGGGCGGAGGCGGAGCUGUGGCGCUGGUUGGACGCGCGACUCGGGUUCGAGCAGCGGUUGGCGGCGUUGCUGUCGUCAGCGCUGUCGGCGGUUGGGAUGGAUUCGGUGGCGGUUACGGCGGGAGAGGCGUGGAAGGGGUUGGACCUGGUUGCAUGGAGCGAUGGGAGGUAUCUGCGGAGCAUGGGGCAGGUUGAGGACUUGGUGGGGAGGAGGGGGCUUGAGGUGCUAGUUGGGCAUGAAGCGGUUGACGCCGCGCUCGCCGCCGCUGCGUGUGCUGAGCCGUUGCCGCCGCUGGUCGUUCCGCUUGGCUUCUGGCGGUUGGGGUGGUUGCUGGUUCGAAGCUGCAUCGCGCCGUUCACACUGGCUUUGUUAGUGACCUACUUCGAGGACUACCGGAAAGCCAUUCCCGAGGGCGGCCCCCACACGCCCUUAAACCUGGUCUACCCCACCUACCCCUUCUCACUUGCGGUUGUCCCUGGCAGCGACUCCUCGUCUUCCUCCUCCUCCUCCUCCUCCUCCUCCGCGCGCACCUCGGCGUCUGGGGCUGCUCCUGGCCCCUCUGCGGCUGCUGCUGCUACUGGCCCGUCCCCGACCCCGGCCCCCGGUCCCGCCGCUGCUGUUGCUGCUGCUAGCGGUGGCGCAAACCCGGCUCCUGCUAGCGGUGGCGGAGCGGCAGGCGGUACGGCACCUGAGAUCCUCCGUACCUUACAUGCAUACAGGCUGCAGGCAGCAGGCCCCGGAGGAGCCGCCGGAUUGCGAACGCGCAUGGCGCCGAGCUGCCUGCAGGUGUCCUUCACAGGGCCCUCCGCGCCAGGCACCCGCUACGACCUGGACUGGCUGAUGCUGCGGAGCUGCACGUUCCUCGGUGUCCUGUGCUACAACGGGUCGUGGAGGAUGGCCACCGCCGCCAACGUCGGCCUGCACUGCAUCUCCCACCUCAACCGCCUCUUCCACCUCAACCGCCGCAUGCUGCGGCUCUUCCAGCAAGAGACCACCACCGCUGCUGCCGCCGCUGCCGCAACAGCAGCUGCUGCUGCUUCAAGCAACUCAGCGGUGGCGCGGCGCCUGGUCGCCAGGAGACAGCGCCCCAUUGUUCCCCGCGGCCUCACGCUUGCAACCGUGGCGGCGGAUCCUAACACCGCCGCUGCGCUAGCGCAGUUAACCGCCCGAAUGCUCGCCACUCAAGAGGAGAUCAACCGGGGCUUGGACGCCACGGAGGAGUACCUCCGGGAACGGUGGGCGACGGUGGGGGCGCAGCCGUCCGCGGCGGGCAGCAAUGCUGCUGCUGGGCCGCCAUCUGGGCCGGUGGCGGCAUCGGCGGCAGCAGCACCUCCUGCUCCGGCGGCGGCGGUACCUCCUCCUCCUCCUCCUCCUCCGGCGGCGGCGGCGGUGCAGCAGAUGGCGGCGGCGGAGCCGGAGGCCGGGGCCGUUCCAGCAGCGCCUCCACCCUUAGCCGACGCAGCACAACCGCAGGAAGAGCCAGCAGCGGCAACACCGGCAGUUGCGACGUGUCAGGGUACGGCAGAAGGCGUCCGAGGGCAGGCGGGGGGAUCGCAGCCGCCUGGGCAGGGCGCGGCACCGCUGCCACUGCCGGCGCAACCGCAGCCCUCGCUGGAGGCUUCGCCAGAGCCCUCGCCAGAGCCCUCGUCAGAGGACGUAAGCGUGGUGCAUGGCUUGGUUUCGGAGUGCCACCGGUUCUUGGAUCCGCUUGGGCAGGGGGGUGGCAGAGGGAGUGGAGUUGCCGUGGGGGCCGAUGAAGACGACGUCACUGCUACCGGUAGUGACGCCGCGGCUCAAGCGGUGCAGCUCCAUGCAAGUGACCCAGAUGAGGCUGCAGCGCAGGCGACAGCAGCAGCCUCGUCUGUCGCUGAUGCGAUGGUGACACCACCGCUGCCCGCCGCAGAAGGGUCUUCUGAGGUACAUGCAGCGAUUACAGCUGUGUUGGCGCCGCGUCCGAAGCCCGAUGAGGCUCCUUGCGUCGCGUCUGCGGGCAGCUGCGGCAGCAGCGUAAACAACCGCUUGGGCGGCGGCAGCGGCGGCGGCGCCGCUGAUGCUACUGACAGUAACGGCGGCGGCGGCAGUCCUGGUUCCGGCGGCGGCGGUGGUGGCGGCGGCGACAGGAGCAGCGGCGGCGGGAGCACCGGUAUCGGCCGUCACAGGCUGCCGCCUGGGGUCAAUCCGUCAGACGCCGCCGCUGCAUGGCAUACGAGAAACCGUACGGAAGGCGCCAGCAGCAGCAGCGGCGCCGCCGCCAGCACCUCAACCGUCCCCACAACCGUCGCCGCUGCUCCGCGCACGACGUCGUCUCCGAGGCCCAUCGCAGUCCGCGGCUUUUUCCCGCCUCCUGGCGCCGCUUCCGCGAUGCCCACUCGGGUGCGGCUCCGGGCCGUCAGGCAUGCCGGGACCGCGGCCCGCGCUGCUGCUGGCGGCGGCGGCGCCGCCGCCGCCGCCGAGGCGGCGCCGGUUUUUCCGCCACGGGGCGGGUUGUACGACGGCGUCGUCUGGGCGUAUACGGCGGUCAUCUUGGUGCUGUGGCUUGCCUACAUGCCGAUUUGGAAGGUGGCGCUUGUGGGCGCUGGGGGCCGGCGUUGGGUGCAAUCGUUGUUGAGCAGUCUGUGGAUGGCUGCGGUGGCUGGGAUUGUGGUCAAGUUGUUUCGGUUGGACCUGGCGGGCCGUGCGGCAGGAGCCAUGAGGCCCUGUGCCGCCGAGAGCCCAACCACCACCACCACCAGCAGCAGCGGGCGGCACCAGCGGGACACUCCCCUGGAUGUGAGCGCUUGGCUGCGAUACAAUGCGGGCAUGGCAGUCGCACCGCUGGUGUUCUGGUGGCUGGGGCCCGACAACCCGCGGCUGUCCUGGCUGCCGCUGGUCGCGCUGCGCUUCGCAACCAACUGCGACCUCGUGGUCCGACUCACGUCCGCAUUCCUGCAGGCCGCCGGCGUGUCCAGUCCCCAGUCCCUCGCGGGGCCGCCUCCCAUCAUGGCCAUAGGGCCUGCCAUCUUCCACCCCGCCGGCUCGUCUUGGUGGCCCCGCUGCCUGCAGUUCGCCGAGUUCUACGAGCGCAUGGGCAUCUUCACGCUUGCUUCCUUCGUGCUCAUCUUCUUUCUGGGUCUGGAUUACCCCAUGGUGGAGUGGCUGGCCAUGGCCUGUGAUGCUGUGCUGCCCGGUCUGGGUUUCCCAAUCCCGCGGAUACCGCCGCUGCUGCCGUCUUGGAGCACUAUCGUGCGCUGGCACGACAGGUUCUCGGAGUUUCUGCAAAUGAUGGCGGACGCGGAG